CACACAUGAUUUUUAAAGAUGUUAUGAAUAAUAUCCAAACAAAUUGUUUGCCUUCCGGAAUUUAUUGUAGCUUUUCCUUUUAUUUUAACACAAGUUGGUAACUCCUCAGUGGCACACAAAUGCAUAACAAGGUAAUUGUUGUGUGGGACCAGAUUUACAAUUUGCAAUAGUGCAACACAGCUUGAACUAAAACGUUUGUGCGCGUUGUAUCAAAAAGAAAAAACUUUCAAUUUACCUCACACUUUGCAGUCCAUUACACGUCUAUAUUUCAGACGACAGUGUAAUGCUUUCCACACUAAAAAGGUUACAUUAUUUACAGUCUGUUUUUUGUAUGACUCCCAACUUCUUAUCACAGGUAUUGGCAAGAAAACUGUUCCCAUUUAUACUUUUCUACAGCGGGUUUUAAUUCUGCAGCUGGGGUCUUGAAGAUGCAGAAGGGUACAGUAUGUGGUGCAGAUCACAGUGUGUAUAACUUUUUUGUUUUCCCAUUCGAUUUAUGUUGAACUUUUUUUUUUUUUUUUUUUUGUAAAGUGACAAAUUUAAAUGAAAUAUUCAUGAGAGAAGUGUAGGUCUUUUGUAUUACCAAUUUUGAAGAAGUGACAUUUACUUAUCACUUUUUUGCACUUGUUUAUUGCUUUUUGGUGUUCCACAGUAUAGAGUGGACAGUGAGCCAACAAUACAAGUUUAAAUGACUUGAGGCUGUUGCAUAACAAAGUCAUAAUUGAGGUGAAGGAGAUGAAACACGGCAGAGGGUCAAGUUUACCGAUGAGCGGGUGUGCAAAAGUCAUCUUCUCAACUGCUGUCCACAUGACAUUCUGUCAGGAACUCGUAUGGACCUGGGGGAAUGUACAAAGAUCCAUGACUUGGCACUUCGGGCGGACUAUGAAAUAGCCUCCAAAGAGAGAGAUCUUUUCUUUGAGCUUGAUGCAGUGGAUCAUCUGGAGUCAUUCAUUGCUGACUGUGACCGAAGAACUGAGCUCGCAAAGAAGCGCCUGGCUGAAACUCAGGAAGAGAUCAGUGCUGAGGUGGCAGCAAAGGCAGAGAAAGUGCAUGAGCUGAAUGAAGAAAUAGGGAAGCUUCUGGCCAAGGCUGAGCAACUUGGAGCGGAAGGCAACGUGGAUGAAGCUCAGAAGGUUCUGCAGGAAGUGGAAAAGGUCCGCACCAAGAAAAAGGAUGCAGAGGAGGAAUACAGGAACUCCAUGCCAGCCUCCAGCUUUCAGCAACAGAAACUCAGAGUUUGUGAGGUCUGCUCUGCAUAUCUAGGUCUCCACGACAACGACCGCCGUCUGGCUGACCAUUUCGGUGGAAAGCUUCACCUGGGCUUCAUUCAGAUUAGAGAGAAACUGGACCAGCUUAAGAAAACUGUGCUUGAGAAGCAAGAGAAGAGGAACCAGGAGCGCUUAAAGAGACGAGAGGAGAGAGAAAAGGAGGAGAAAAUGAAGAGGAGAACCAGAUCACGGAGCAGGGACCACAGAAGGUCCCGUUCUCGUGACCGCAGAAGGAGGCGUUCUCGCUCCACGUCCCGGGAAAGACGCCGUUCUCGUUCACGCUCCAGAGACAGGAGGAGGAGGCACCGCACCCGGUCCCGCUCACGCAGCCGAGGUCACCGCCACAGCCAUAGCCACGAGCAAAGCUCCAGACACAAGUCUUCGAGGGAUCGAGAGCGCUCGUCCAGAGACCGCUCGCGGGAGCGAGACAGGAGGGAUGGCGUGAACGGCAGGUCAGACUCCCGCCGAGCCGAAGAUAAGGACAUGGGAGACUUCUAAAGACCAAACCCCAUCUACUACACACAGCCGCCUGUCCUUUGUCUGUCCAUUGAUAAUAUUCCAGUGUUGCAUACAGUCUUUGCCUUGACCCCUUUAUACUCCUUUCUCUUUUAUUUUUAAAUCCUGCCCCAUCCUCAUCAUAGAACCUGUUUGUUUUUUGUUUGCUUUGUUUUGUUUUUCUAGUUUCCAAAUCUCUAAGAAAGCUUCUGGAUUUGGCAGGUUGAUUAUUGAUUAUAGAUGUAAUAAAACACCCACAUCUAUAAUGUAGUUUUAAGCCGACACAUCCCUCCUUAUAAAUCCCCGUAAAAUGAGUCAAACAUAGUGAACAAAUCUGUUUAUGGAAUUGAAUUAAAAAUGUUAGUUUCUGAUUCUUUUGUUGCAAACUGAAAAAACCUUGUCAGAAGCUCAAAACUCAUUGAGCCUGUAAGCUGUCAUUGUUUAAAAGAAAAAUUAUCCUUUUUUUCCUUCUCUAUCUGAAACUGUUUUUGCUUUGUGUAAAAAUGCAUUUCUUGACUGUUCACAUAAAUAUCUUCAUGACUUUGUUCUCAAAAGCUCAAAUUUCAAAUUAAAAUGACAGAGGUUUUAAAGUU